GGCGCUCGCGGCCUGGGGCGCGCGGGCACAGCGGGCCGGCGGGAGCGCGGAAAACGGGACGCGCUGCGUCCUGCCGUCCUCAUCGGAGUUUCCUGAAGGAUUUUUCACGCCGCAGGAGAGGAAGGAUGGAGGGAUCGUUAUCUACUUCAUAAUUAUCCUGUACAUGUUUUUGGCCGUGUCCAUUGUGUGCGAUGAUUACUUCCUACCCUCCCUAGAGAUCAUCAGUGAAUGCCUUGGCCUCUCUCAGGAUGUGGCUGGAGCAACCUUUAUGGCUGCUGGAAGCUCUGCUCCAGAACUAGUCACUGCUUUUCUAGGAGCUUUCGUGACAAAGGGAGAUAUUGGCAUCAGCACCAUCCUUGGAUCAGCAAUCUAUAAUCUUCUUGGUAUUUCUGCAGCUUGUGGACUGUUUUCCACUGUGGUUUCCAGGCUAUCCUGUUGGCCGCUGUUUAGAGACUGUCUGGUAUAUACAAUCAGUGCAGCAGCAGUCCUUGCGAUGAUCUCUGACAACAGAAUUUACUGGUAUGAAAGUGCAUCCUUGUUAUUGAUAUAUGGGUGUUAUAUUCUGAUACUGUGUUUUGACAUUAAAAUCAACCAAUACCUCAUGAAAAAGUUCAGUCCCUGCUGUACAUGUUUUACAAAAGCUAUGGAAGAGAAUGCGGAGCAGCAGCCACUGGUUGGAUGGAGGGAAGAGAGCGGACCUCUAAUCCGUCAGCAGUCAAGGACAGACAGCGGAAUUUUUCAGGAUGAGCUGGACUACUCUCACCUUUCAACAAGCUUACAUGGGCUUGAUGAAAUCUCUGGAGAUCAUCCAAAUGUCUUCACCAUGCCUGAAGCAGAUAUGAAGAGAAUUUUGUGGGUGUUAUCCCUUCCCAUUAUUACACUACUCUAUUUGACUAUACCAGAUUGCAGAAGACAGUUUUGGAGGAACUGGUUCAUGGUGACAUUUUUAAUUUCAGCAGCAUGGAUUUCUGCAAUAACGUAUGUUCUUGUAUGGAUGAUAACAAUAGCAGGUGAAACACUGGGAAUUCCAGAGUCAGUAAUGGGUCUCACAUUACUAGCAGCAGGAACAAGUGUACCAGAUACAGUUGCAAGUGUGCUGGUGGCUCGAAAAGGAAAUGGAGAUAUGGCUAUGUCUAACAUUGUAGGAUCCAAUGUAUUCGAUAUGCUCUGUCUGGGAAUACCCUGGUUUAUAAAAACUGCCUUCAUAAAUACAUCAGGACCCAUAGAAGUGAACAGCAGUGGUCUGACAUACACAGCCAUUUCUCUUAUCUGUUCUGUUGUUUUUGUUUUUCUGGCAGUUCACCUGAAUGGCUGGAAAAUAGAUAAAAAAUUGGGAACAAUUUGUCUUGUACUGUACUUAGUAUUUACUGUACUAGCAAUUUUAUAUGAACUUGGCAUUAUAGGAAACAAUCCUACAAGGGUCUGUGGUAACUAGUUUUAAUCAGUGAUUAUACUGAUGCAAAAAAUUAAAACAGGAGGAAAAGAUCAGUUUCUUCAUUUAGUCAAAAUAAAAUAAAAUAAAAUAAAAAAAAACAACUCCAAACUCCCAUUGGGCUCUAAGUCUUAUAUACAGAACUAAUUCAUGUCAUCAAAGUAAUAUUAAGUAGAACAAAAACAUCACAGCCUAAUUGGAGCCCUUUCUUUUAGAGUUAAGAAUUACAGUAUGACUACAAUGCACAUAUAAAACCAAAAUUCUGAAAAA